GUGGUAAAUAAUUGAUAGAGAUAAAGAGUGAUAGACGGAAAGUGGAGAAUAUCACUGCAUAGUUCGAACUAUUUAAAAUGUAGAAAAACCUUUAAAAAAUCUACUAAUAUAUUGCAAAACGCUAAAGGACUUAAUAAAUAAUAAGUGGAUAACAAAGUGAAAAUAUCACGCGUAUUCUGAGUCGCUUUGCUCCAAUAAGAUCUUUAUGUCACUCUAGGAAAGAUGAACGAACCAAUUAGCUGUUUAAAUGUAAAUUAUAAUUACCAUCAAAAGAGGUCAAUUAAUUAAAACAGCUACAUUAGUGCUUAGUGAUAUUUGCAGUAAUUUUAUAAUAGUAUAAGGAAUUAAGUUUUGAUACAUUUGAGAUAAAUUAUACGAGACGAAGAUGACGGUCGAUUUCAACGAUUACUUUUGGGGGGAGAAGAACAAUGGGUUCGAUGUACUCUAUCACAAUAUGAAAUUUGGUUGGGUGGCGAGCAAAGAGCUUUCAGAGUUCUUUCGCGAAAAGUCCAAUAUUGAAGAACAGAACUCGAAAUUAAUGGCUAAGUUGGCGCACAAAGCCAGUACAGGUACACUGAACAGCACAUUUGCCCCCGUCUGGACUAUAUUACGCACUUCAGCCGAGAAGUUAUCCACACUACAUCUGCAAAUGGUGCAAAAGCUCACGGAGCUUGUGAAGGAUGUCGCUAAGUAUGCCGAUGAAUUGCAUAAAAAACACAAAACCGUUAAGGAGGAAGAAUCACAUACCUUGGAAUCUGUGCAAGCGAUGCAGACAUCAACAGCUGCUGUUCAAAAGCUACGUGACCUUUACGCGAGCAAAGUGCUGGAAUUGGAAAAAUUGCGCAAGGACAAUGCCUCACAGAAGGACAUUGAAAAAGUCGAAGCAAAAUUACGUAAACUACAAGAUGAAUAUAAAUCGCUACUCGAUAAGCAUAAUCCGAUCAAGAAUGACUUCGAGCGGCGCAUGACACAGACGUGCAAGCGUUUUCAAGAAAUUGAAGAAGUCCAUUUGCGUCAAAUGAAAGAGUUCUUAUCCACAUUUUUGGAGAUGCUGCAAAAUAAUCAUGACAUGGUUGGACAGGUGCAUUCGGAUUUUAAGCGUCAAUUUAAUGAUAUGACCGUUGAUAAACUUUUAGAGCAAUUUGUGCUAAACAAAUACACUGGCUUGGAGAAACCAGAAGUUCCCGAACUCGAAAUCAUUCCACUCUCUAUACAACAGCAGUCCGUCUCAGCUACGCGCUUAAAUCAUCCAGGCGGUACUACUGCGGCUGCUUCCAAUUCCAAUUCAGCCACAAGCAUACAAGGUGCCAUAUCACGUAUUACUAGCGGUAGCAUAUCAAUGGAUCAACGUGGCAGUGUUGGUGUCGAGGCCGGUUCUUUAGGCAGUGGUGGUGGCGGUAUUGGUGCAGUAGGUGGUAGUGGCAGUGGCAGUAAUAGCCUACUAAACGCUGAUGACAACAUUUUGGGCAUGCAGGCAUCACCACGCGCAACAUCACCGAUUUUAUUGAACACCGCCGCUGAUGUUAUAUCAGGUACUAGCGUAAGCACUGCACCAGCAGCAUUGCUGACAAACACAUCGACGAACACUUCCACAGUGCGCAGCAAUUUCCUGAAUUGGUUUUCUUCAAGCAUUCCAAGCAGCAAGCAACAACCAGCAAAUUCCAACGCAGGAGCUACUGCUGCAGCAACAACCGCUAAUAGCGGUGGUGGGAAUUUCGGUACGGAUAGCAUUGGUACUACCCACACCGGCACAGCCAUCAUGAAAAAUUCCCUAAACUCAGAGCUUCAGUCACUGCAGGAUAAUAAUAAUCAAGGUUCAUUUAUGUCGUCUGCUUUAACACAAUUACCAGAACAAUGUAACACCACUAACAACACUACUACUUCUACUACUACUAUUUCCUCUACUUCUGCUAGUUCUCCUAAUAUUUAUACUACUACAAAUAAUACUUUUACCAACAAUACUGUUACGUCAACCACAUCCUCCUCCCUAACAAAUCAAACAUUAGUCGAGCCGAAUCUGCAACAACGCACAUCUUCACCAACGCCGACAGGCAGCAGUUCAGCAGUGAAUCGAAAUUACACCGAACCGCUUUCUACAUCACUCAAUGAACGUUCUAAUCAUAUGCAUAACAAUCCGCAUUCAGCGUCCAUGAGUGGCGCGGCUGUAUCAGCGUCUAGUGCGGGUGCAUCUGUGGGAAACUCACGGCGCACAACCUCGCUUUUAAAUAUUUUCACAUCAAAUUCUCAGGUAUCUGGUAUUUUGCGUAGCCGUCGAGAUAAAGCGAAAACUAAAAAGUCUAAAAAGAAGAAAGAUGGCGAAGCGGCAGAUAACAUACAAGAAGAGCAACAGGGAAGUGUGGAUCGCGCCAACAACUCCUAUGAUACUGACGAUAUCAAUAGAAUGAAAACACAAAAUUCCAGCGGCAGCAGUGCCGGAGGAUUGGGUUUAUCAUCUGCUUCAGCACCGGGCAGCGUGGACUCGUCGGGCGGUGGUGCCGGUGCUCUUGGCGUAAAUAUAUCGGAAAAUAUUGGAAGUAGCUCGGCAGGCAAUGCUAUUAACGCAACAAAUAAUACAAACAAAAAUAGCAGCGCUUCUGGAAAUGGCACAGCCAGUGGUGGUGUAGGAGGCACCAAAGCAUACGGGGCUAAUGAGGUUGACGAGGAUGGAUACAGCAAGCAACCACCCAAAGAAAUUGCCUGGGACGAAAAUCACGAUAAAACUGGAAGUUUCUACUCUGAUUCCGACUCAGAUUCAGACAACGAUAAGCCAGAAAGACGCAUACAUGUGAAGAUAAAGCCACUGAACAAUGGCCAAGCGCCAAUGUCCGCAAGUGUAGAUGAGUUGCGCGCUACUGUAGAGAAUAUAUCACUGUCGCCCACCAGCGUAUUUUCGACUUUUAAUCAACAACACAGCAAUCAGCAGUUGCAGCAAUCUCGUAUCGCUUCGCGUCAGCAAUCGCCUGAGAUAUCCAAUGCGUCCACACCAACCGCCACGGUGCAUCCAUAUGCACCACUACAAAGUCCUACUCUCUCCAUGUCGAAUAACUCGAGAUACGCCGACUUAGGCGAUAUAUUUUCUGAGUUGGGCGAUGUAAGUGCCUCUGCGCCCGCUUCCGCCACUCUUUCGAAAUCAAAUAGCCGGCAAAUACCCACACCAACCUCCGCUAACAGUAUUGCAAUACCAAGACCACCUUCACGUCGCUCCGAAAUGGUAAUGGCGCCUUCAGUAGCAGCGGCUCGUGGGCGCAUUAGUCCAUCUCCAGCAAUGAAUCGCGCAGACAGUGUUGGCAGUUUAGAAUUCCGCACUGCUAUCGGUGGGAUAGGGUCAUCGCGUGGUCCAUCGCCGCUCACCAUUGGCAUUUCAGACACGAUUCCAUUAGCGGUGGCAUUCCAUGAAAUUAUACACGCAUACUUUAGGGGUAGCGAUGAAUCGCGCUGUCAGGUGAAAAUCUCUGGCGAUAUGAUGUUAUCCUUUCCAGCUGGGAUUGUAGGCCUUCUAGCGAAUAAUCCAAAUCCAGCGAAACUCGGCUUUCGUAUCAAGAAUGUUCAAAAUUUGGAAAAUUUACUACCAAAUUCAAAAUUAGUGCAAAUCGAUCGUAAUCAAUCGAGCACCUUUAGUACAUUAUUGGAAUUCAAUAUGCCUGCAUUGACCGCAUUGUUGCGUCACCAAGCCGAGCAUAACCCCAACGCGUCAUACUUUAAUGUGGACAUAUUGAAAUACCAAGUGCGCUCUAAGCCUGGUGCCUCAUCGUGUCCUUUCCAGUUGGUUUCUUAUUGGAAGUGUGAACCUACGUUUACGGCGCUCAAAAUUGAUUACAAAUACAAUAACCAUGCAAUGGCAAACGCAUCACCACUACUGAAUGUCACACUCUCGGUGCCGGUGAACGGUUUGGUUCGUAAUGUGCAAUCGAAACCACAUUCCGCGUGGCUAGGUGAAUCAAAUCGUUUGGUUUGGAAUUUCACAGAUAUCUCGCAAAAUUCACAGGAUGGCGGUGUUGGUACGCUGCGUGCACGUCUUGAACUUAACGAUGGUCCAUCCAUUCCAGCCUUAUUGACCACACAAUUUAAUUGUGAGGGGACUACUUUAUCGGGCAUAGAGUUCGAACUGCAAGGCAGCGGUUAUCGUCUGUCUUUGGUAAAGCGUCGUUUCGUUUCGGGAAAAUACGUAUGCGAGGGCGAUGGCGUUCGCAGUGGUGCCACUCCAACGCCACCGUCUGUGGGAUCAUCUAGUCCAUUUUCAGCGAAAUCAAAUUAGUUCCAAACUAUUUAAAAUACUAAAAAGAAACCAAUAAUAUUAGCAGUAGCAAAUGUGUUACAAAUACCACACAAAGUCCAAUAAAAUGUGAAUUUAAAUAUCAACAACUACUCAAGAAUAUAACGGCAAAACAUAUUCUUGUAAUUUACAGUAUAUACAGCUAAAUCUACAUACAUACACAUUCAUACGCGCUGAGAGUUUCCUGCAUGUGUGCAAGUAGAAAAAUAGGCUCGUGAAUUAGUAAAAAUUUAUUAAUAAAAAACUUGAAACGGAGGCACGAAAAUGUCUUUCAACACAUUAUUUAUAAGUUAUAUUGAAAAAUAAUGACUAAGGAAUUUAUUAAUAUGCUUUGCUAAUUGUGUGUAUUGCAUUUGAAUAUUCAAUGGACGAAUCCAGGAACCCAAAAGCAAUUGUGGUGAAAUAUCGAAUCUAAAGAACAAAAAUUAGCCUUGCUUACCUUUGUUGUUUUCUUUUUUGAUCAUGCAAACAUUUACAUAUGUAAGUUCAUUAUUAGAGCUGUAUGCCUAAGUUUGUACCGAGUAUAUUAUGUCGAAAACAAAUGAAAUCGGUUUUUGAAUUUGUAUUUAAUUUGCAAUAGUAUUCUAUUAAUAUUACGAAAAAUAUAUAUGAGUCUAUUGUCUAUGUACUGGAGAAAAUUGUACUUUUAUGUAUUGUAUUGUUAAAACCUUAUUAUUAAAGAGUGUUUAUGUAGAUUUUAUAAAUGUAUACAUGCAUAAACAUUUGUACAUGCUAAUAUUACUGUAGAACACUAAGUGUUGAUUUUAUGUUUAUUUUUU